GGCGGCCGCAGCGCUGUCGCGUCCCCUGAAGGAAACAUCGAGUUGAAGCCCGUGAUCUUUCUCCAGCAAGAUACCCCCGUACACCUUAGAGCUUUCGUCUAAGGUUCGGAAAUUCCGGGUUUCCAGAUUCGCCGCCUCGUAUUUGGCCUUACUCUUGUUUUGCGAUGCCUCCAUACGCCCGCUACAUCCCGCCUCCUAAGAGCAAGGAGCCAGAGCCAUCAACACUUGCGCAGCCAAAAAAAAUCGUAUUUGGCGAAGCGGACAUCUCCGCCCCGACUGCGACAAAUGGAACUCAGCAAAUAGACGACCAAGUGGCCGGCAGGAUAGAGGGGAACCAGGCAAAACGGGCAAACCCGAUCGCAGAUAUAUCGGAUCCAGUUGAGAGUCCUGCAAAACGGCGGAAGAAAAGCAGGGCCGAGAUUCUGGAGGAGGAGCCCCCAUUGAGCGAACCAAAACAAUUGGCCUCCAAGAAGCGCAAGAGCAAAGGCGAGAACCGGGAAACAGCGAACAUUCAACAAGACGUGUAUGAGGAGAAUGCUGCUGGCAGAAAGUCCGAAUCACCCGUGGACCGAGCCCUACAGCCUGACCAGGAGCCGAAGAAGGAGAAAAAGAAGGAUAAGAGGAAAAAGAAGUUGAAGGAGGGUGCCUCGGAGGCCGACGCGGCUGGAGCUGACGGCGAUGAUGUUCGUAAAAGACACAAGUCUGUCUUUGAAAAGAUCGGGAAGGCUCUCCAGGCGAGCAGCGCAGUCGAAGCAGGAGAGGGCGACUCGGACAAAGAGACGCUAGAACCCGAGGAGGUGCAUGGCCUCGAGCCGCUCCCACAACCCGCACCAGCGGUGUUCGAUGCAUCCAAGUUGAACUACGAGACGCUGCCUCCUUGGCUUGCUUCUCCUGUGCGUGUCACUGCCGACAUGCGGCGUCCGUUCUCAGAGUUGGGAAUUAGCCAGGAGUCGACCAAGGUUCUCGAGUCCAAAGGAUUCAAGGAUGCGUUUGCCGUGCAGACCACCGUGCUUCCUCUCUUAUUCCCAUCGGCGGACAGGCAAGGCGAUGUCGUUGUCGCUGCCCCAACCGGGUCCGGAAAGACAAUGGCAUAUGCGCUUCCAAUGAUCCGCGAUAUCAGCCAAGCCCAGACAACCAAGCUCAGGGGAAUCAUUGUGCUGCCCACCAGAGACCUCGUUCAGCAGGUACAGGCGGCUUGUGAUGUCUGUGUCCCUGCGUUCGCCAUAGGCAGGGGCAAGAGAGUCAAGGUCGGAACCGCAAUGGGCAACAGGGCGUUCAAAGAAGAACAAUCGACUAUUAUGGAGCAGGAACAGAGAUACGAUCCCCAGGGAUAUGAGAGGUAUCUCGUGAAGCAACGACAGUACGUCAGCCUAGAUGACUCGGACACGGAAGAAGACGACCUAGGCCUGGGCAGCUCCAAGCCGCUACCUUAUCAUGUCGUCACCCAUGCAUCCAAGGUUGAUAUCCUCAUUUGUACACCCGGAAGACUCGUGGAACACAUUAACAAGACAUCUGGUUUCACUCUCGAUUACGUCCGCUGGCUGGUUGUGGAUGAGGCAGAUAAGCUGCUCGCCCAGGACUUCCAGCAGUGGCUCAACACGGUGAUGGAGAAGCUGAGUGUCGAAAGGCCGGGUGCCCGAGACUUUCCAGGAUCGAACAAGAGUGGCGUCCGCAAGGUUAUCCUCAGCGCCACAAUGACGCGAGACCUAAGUCUACUAAACGGACUUAAGCUGUCAAGGCCCCGGUUGAUAGUACUCGAAGGCGCGAAGGCUGGCGAGCACACCCUCCCCAGCCUUCUCAGAGAGUCGGUCAUUAAGGUUCAUGAACUAAGUCUCAAACCGCUCUAUCUGGUCGACUUGCUCGACAGCGGAAGACUGGUUGCUUCCAGUCCCGACGCAGCCGCAGUCGCCAAACCUACGGAGUCGCAACAAGAUGCUGAAAGCGCGUCCUCUUCUGACGAGACUAGCGAUUCGGACUCCUCGUCUUCCUCUGAUGAAGACUCUGAUAGCUCGUCGUCUAUCUCUUCCUCUAGCGCUUCAUCUGAAGGCGGGGAUAAAGCCCGCUCCGCCAAGACGACGCGCACUCUACUAGCCAAGGGAAAGAACUCCAAUGCGUCUGUUCUCGUCUUCACAAAGUCCAACGAGGCUGCCCUGCGCCUGUCGCGCCUCCUAGCGAUCCUCGUACCAGAUCUCGGGCCCCUUAUUGGUACACUCACAUCGACGACAAAGACGUCGAAGCGCGCACAGACUCUGCGCGCAUUUUCCCAGGGAAAGCUCCAGAUUCUUGUCGCAUCAGAUCUCGUAUCGCGUGGUAUUGAUCUCUUGAAUCUCGACCACGUGGUCAACUAUGAUGUGCCCAUCAACGAGACAUCAUAUAUCCACCGUGUUGGCCGCACUGCUCGUGCCGGCCGGGCAGGACACGCCUGGACGUUCGUUGAGCACGCUGAGGCACGCUGGUUCUGGCGCGAAUUUGCCGGCGAAGGCAAAGAUGCUACAACAAGCAUUGUGCGGAGUGGGAAAAUUGAGCGUGUCAGAGUCAGCGGCAGCGACAAGGACGGUGGUAAGUUUAGCGAGGAGCGGAUCAAGCAUUACGAAGCUGCGCUGGAGCAGCUGCGGCAAGAGGCCGGGGAGUGAAAGAGGCCAUAACGUUGGAAUACAAAUGAACCCAAAAGGGAAAGAAAGAAAAGAAAGGAAAGGAAAGGAAGGGUUUUGUUGGCUAUACGAUUUAAUGUGAGCAUCCAACAGCACCGUGCCAUGUCCACUUCAACUCAGGUUCCGAGUACGUCAGGGAAUCAGAGCUUGACACAAUCUCCGGCCCGAGGCUUGAUAGUCAAGAAGCUCACAAAAUAGCCGGGAAUCUUACUAAACCAGGCUUGACUAUACGACUGACUAUCAUAAUGUGACCGAAAAUGACUAUGCUUCAAAGAGAAAGCUGCUGUGGAUAAAGAUGUAGACGGGA